UGAUAUUCACAGUAUGGCCGGCGAUAUUAGCUAGCGGUCGCUCAAAGUCUUCUCUGGCAAAAAGGGAUUGGCCUUAAGUUAAAGAGAAAUAAUUAAUUAAAAUCGAACUGCAAAGACCCCCCCUCACCCACGGAAACAAGAGCAAUUGAAACUAACUUAUUGUAAUUAAGCUUUUUAAACAAAAGGAGGGGGAAAAAAAGGAAAAAAAUCCUUUAAAAAAAAAAGUUAAUUUUUUUGUUUCAUUUCGUGCGAUUUGUUUCACGAUGGAAAACGGUGCACACUUUUUCGAAGGGACCGAGAAGCUGUUGGAGGUGUGGUUUUCUCGGCAGGAUCAGUGCAAGGGAUCUGGAGACCUUCGGACAAUUCCAAGGAUAUCGACAUCCCUGACGAGGCUGGCAUUUAUUGCCCAUCCCUAGUUGCCCUUCAGAAGGUAGUGGUGGGUCGCCGCCUUGAACUGCUCCAGUCCAUGUGAUGAAGGUUUGAGUGGGACAAGCUGUUGGAAAAUGUGCAUUGUUUGAUCAUAAGUGUGACAAAGACAGACAGGCAGGAAGCCUAUAUACUCAGUGAGAGUAGCAUGUUUGUCUCCAAGAGACGUUUCAUUUUGAAGACAUGUGGUACCACCCUCUUACUGCAAGCACUGGUGCCCCUUUUGGAUCUUGCUCGUGAGUACUGCGGCUUUGAUUCCAUUCAGGAUUUCUUCUAUUCCCGUAAAAACUUCGUGAAGCCAGCACAUCAGGAAUACCCACAUAGGAACUUUCAGGAGGAAGUGGAAUUUCUAGAUAUGGUUUUUCCAAAUGGGGCAGCCUAUUGCAUGGGACGUAUGAAUUCUGAUUGCUGGUAUCUUUACACUCUGGACGUGCCAGAGGAUAGUGGGAUCAAACAGCCGGAUCAAACACUUGAGGUUCUGAUGAGCGAGCUUGAUCCAGCUGUCAUGGACCAGUUCUUCAUGAAAGAUGGUGUUACCGUAAAUGAUGUCACUCAAAUGAGUGGAAUUUGUGACCUGAUACCAGGUUCAGUGAUUGACGCCACAUUGUUUGAUCCUUGUGGCUAUUCAAUGAAUGGAAUGAAAGUGGAUGGAACUUACUGGACAAUUCACAUUACCCCAGAACCAGACUUUUCCUAUGUUAGUUUUGAGACUAACCUGGCCCAGACUUCCUAUGAUGACCUAAUCAAUAAAAUUGUUGCUAUCUUUAAGCCAGGGAAAUUUGUUACAACCCUUUUUGUUAACCAGAACUCCAAAUGUCGCAGUUCAUUUUCUUCUUCGCAGGAAAUUGAAGGGUUCAAGCGCCUUGAUCGCCAGUUUGCCCAGUUCAAUGAUUACAACUUUGUCUUUACCAGUUAUGUCAAGCAUUGUCAACGACAGCAGAAUUGAAUAGCAAAAAUGAAAAAGCGGAAGAAGAAAAUGUGCAAAGAAACUUGUGGGAGUUCUCUAGUUCAGGGUAGCAAGGGCCAAACUUCACACUGCCACUGUUCUAUCAAUUUUGUAGGCCCAAUAUGUAAUCUUAGAAUUGUGUCAAGUUUGAAAUGUAACAGUUAUUGUAACAAAAUUGAUAUCUUGCAUGAAUGCUCUUUUCUCUGUUUAGGUUUGCUAAGCCAUUCUUGCUGUGGUAUUGAAGUGCAUGUAGAACAGUUCAGUGCUUAUUGGUUACAGUUAUAUAACAAUUGCAAACUUAUAAAUGUGUGGGGUGUAGGUUUUCUACAGGUGACGCCAAAAAUUCUCCACAGACAAGGUUUUCGUCCUCAUUAGAUGUCAUCCCUGGCAUGCUUAGCAUUUGUUCAGUUUCCUUUCAUUCCAACUUAAAUCUGUUUCUAGCUGUUGAUCAAUUUUCCAUGCACACUCCACACUGGGAUGUUUUCAGAAUUUGGAUUAAGUUAUUAUUUUAUGGUAGAUUUUUGUUACUGGUGCUUAUUUGAUUUUAUCAUUUUACUUGGGUAAGAUUCAUUUAAGGUGAAAAUUUGCUGCAUAAUGUUUUUAUCACCUGUUUAAUUGACUGAAAAGAUGUUUAACAUGUUAGUUUAAGCAUGUUGGGAAUCACUGCCAACUAUCUUUUGUGAGCUCAAUUCAACAGAUGUGUAACUUGUAAUAAUACUUUUUUUUUAAGCAGAAAAGCCCAUUAUUAAUUAGGAUAAUAACCCAACAACUCGUUUUUAAUUUCUUUAUCACUUGGUACAACUUUUUUUUUUAUUUUAAAUUUGUAUCCUGUUAGUAUGAACAUAAAUAACAAAAAUGUGCCCAAAAGGCAUGAUCACAUAUUUGCUUACAAUGGUGUUGGCUGAUUGCUACUGAUCUGUUUUGGGCUGACUUAGCUCAAUUGUUUGGAUCUUGAGUGUAUGAUGUGGCAUUGUUCAUAUUUAAGAGACGAAUGUAAUUUUGGUUUGCUUGCUGUUUAUAAAUCAUUACAAACUAAUUUCUUCAAAUUUGGUUGUUAAAUGCUAUGAUAACACUUCAAAGGGUGAGGUUUCAGUUUUAAUAAAACUAGCUUCACAAUGGUUUGGUUUGGCAUUGAAAAAUGAUCCAUUAAAGGUGGUGAGCUCUCAAGUGGACCAAUCAUUUUUGUGAAAUUAAAAAGAAUACUCGACCUUGAUUGUGAGCACACAUCCUCAAGCCUUAAGUUAUCAAAACCAUUUGAUUCCAUUUAUGAGCUGCUGUAUACAUUGCAGUGUUUGGCUAACUUUAGCACUUGUUUGAAAAAAUUGUUGUCUAAUGGUUGCCUGUACACAGAAAGAUGAAGAUACUAACUUGUUGGUACUUGUACCUGCUGAGGGGAAAUUUUGGCGCCAUGAAAAAAUUUAAUGCCAUGUUUAAAUAUUUAAUUCAAGUUCUGAAAUCUUUUAACUGUACCACAAGAUGCGUCAAUAAAUUUUAAGACUUGAGAUCUACUAAUUUCA